UCCCCGGCAGCCGUCAGGAGGGCUGAGCGGACCGACGGCGAGGCGGGAGCCCCAGCUGGCUGCAUCUCGGACAAAAGGCAGCCUCCCAGCGGGGCGGCUGAAAGUGGGAAGCCGGAGCCUUGGGGCAGGGGCAGGGCUCGCCUUUUUCUCCAUGGCCGGCUAAAGGCCGCGCCUUGACGGAGGUGCCGCCGCCGCCGCCGCCGCUGCUGCAAGAGGCAGGGCCUGGCCGCCGCCUGGAUGCGGAGCAGCGCUAGAGGACUCGAGCGAAGCCGCGGCGGUCGCCGCCACCGCUUCUCCCUUCCGUAGGGCGGGCCCCGAAGCGGGGCGGCGCUGGCCCUGCUGCCUUGCCGCCGUGGAUGAGCCCGGGAGGCGCGGCGGGCCGCCCGUUGGGGCGCGGCGGCGGCGGCGGCGGUUGGGGGCGAAGGAAGCGGAGGAGGGGCUGCAGCAACAGCGGCGGCAGCGCCGACGGCGAGGCGAGGAUGCCCGGCUCCGGGGGCGCCCUUAGCUCCUAGUCGUCGUCGACUCCCCGCCACCUCCCCGCUCGGCAUGGGCGGCAAGCAGAGCACGGCGGCCGCGACGGCAGCGGGGCGCUCGCGGGGCGGCGUGUCGAGCGACGACAGCGCGGUGCCGCCGCCCGGAGGAGCCCCCCACUUCGGGCAGUACCGGGGCGCGGGCGGCGGCGGCGGGGCCACCAUGGGCUUGCGCAGCCGCUCUGUCAGCUCGGUGGCCGGCGGGGGCGUGGGGCUGGGCAUGGAGCCCGCGGCGCCCGGCAGCGUCCCCUUCGGGCUCUACACGGCUGCUUCGGCGGCCGCCGCGGCCGGAGACUCGGAGCGCGGCCCUGGCAGCGGCGGCGGGUCGGGCGCGGACUCCACCCCUUACGCCCAUGGCAACGGUUACCAGGAGACGGGAGGCGGUCACCACAGAGACGGGAUGCUCUACCUGGGUUCCAGGGCCUCGCUGGCCGACGCGCUGCCUUUGCACCUCGGGCCCCGGUGGUUUAGCUCGCACAGCGGUUUCAAGUGUCCCAUUUGCUCCAAAUCCGUGGCUUCCGAUGAAACGGAAAUGCACUUUAUCAUGUGUCUGAGCAAGCCCCGCCUCUCCUACAACGACGAUGUGCUAACAAAGGAUGCAGGCGAGUGUGUAAUCUGCCUGGAAGAACUCCUGCAGGGGGACACGAUAGCUCGGCUUCCCUGCCUGUGCAUUUACCACAAGAGCUGUAUAGAUUCCUGGUUUGAAGUGAACAGAUCAUGCCCGGAGCACCCUUCAGAUUGACUCUAGCAAUGCUUGCAGAUCUCUCCCCAGGAAGAGAGACGACACCCCCACCCACCCUCAAUCCCACCCACACCCUGAGGAGGAAAGGGCAUUUUUUCUGUCUCGUUUUUUGAAGGCGUUGUAGGUUUGUCUUUCAAGUGUUUACAAAAACAGCCAUUUCGUGUCAACUGAUGUGUGUUCCUGGUGAUGUUUACAAGACUGCAUCCUCUUGGCCUCCCUGCUAGAGCUAUUCAGCACCUGAGAAGCUGAAUCUCUUCUCCCACCCCACCCCCUUUGCCUUUUCCUGGGGGACGCCACACCUCAUUGCCAAAAGUCCCCUGGUUUUUUCCCCCCCUCCCUCCUUAGCGAGUCUCGGUUUGAACUUCUCACUCCAGGGCAGUCGUGGGGACAUCCUGAAGGGCUGUGGCCAUUCACAAGUGUCCUGCUAAAGAUGCCUGAACCUCUCUCUCCGCCCUGCGUGGGAAAUGAGCCUGAGUUGUGAAGUGGCACAGAGACACACACGUUACCCCCCCCCCCAACCUCCCACCCCGAUCCACGUUUGAGCACGAAGUGGAGAAUGUCUCAGCCAUGGGAAAAGCCCCUGCCGGCAGCCAUCAUCCAGCAGGGAAAAGGUAUCUGUAUUUAUAUAGUUAAAAAAAACAACAAAAAUUACAAAAAAACAAACAAACUUUAAAGCUUGGGAAGGGAAGCUUCCCCUAUUAGUCAAGGUGUUUUGAUAUGGUAUUCAAUAAUGUUCAAUAAAAUAG